AUGCGGUCGGUGGCACCGAGCAUGCUCGUCGCGUGCACAGCUCUCUCUCUCGUGCGGACAGAGAGCAUGGUGGCGCUGGUGGUGGACGAUGCGCCGCUUCCUGCGCUUGCUUCGGCGUACGACGCGCGUCGGGCAGUGCAGGUCGCACCCGUCGACGAAAGCCAUGAGGCACGCCACGACCAGCAACGUCGCACCGUGUGGACCUACUACCAUGACGCGCCCUCCGUCGCUCAUGACGAAAGAGCGACGGCCGACAACGAUGCACUACACGCGACUCUCGAGUCGAUUGACCAAGUGCCCGCGCUCUCACUUCCUUCGAUGGCGGCGAUUGCUAGCAUCGGCGUCGUCGGCCUCGUCCUCUGGAAGCUCCGGCACCCAGUCUUUGACCACGCCGAGCUGCGCCAGCUUCUCUCAACGAGCCCGAACCGACCUCUUCUCUACUAA